CUCUAAUUCAGCUAGACAAGCUGAUAAAAAAAACUUAUUCAGAGAAUAAUGUGAUGUUCAAAGAGGGAGAAGGAAGAAGAAAGCAAUUCAAUACCUGCAACUACUCCAAAGAUUUAGACUCAAAAUGGCGGAGGGUUUCACCCUGUUCCUUCUGUCUGGGAUGCUGAUGUGUGGGCUGCUGCUCCACACGGUGUCCCAACAUGGAGCCAGAGUUGAUGAGCCCAGUAAGAAGCCCAAUUUUAUCAUCAUAUUGGCAGAUGAUAUAGGCUGGGGUGAUGUGGAUGCUAACCAGCCGGAAAGGAAGGGUAACAACACACCUUACCUCAACCUAAUGGCCGAGCAAGGACUAAGAUUGACAGACUUCCAUUCUCCUGCCUCGACCUGUUCCCCAUCCCGUGCUGCUAUCCUGACAGGCCGCUAUGGCCUAAGAAACGGGGUGACUCAUAACUUUGCUGUGGGCUCUGUAGCCGGUCUGCCACUGUCUGAAGUCACCUUGCCACAGCUACUACAGAAGGCGGGAUAUUACACCGCCAUGAUCGGGAAAUGGCAUCUCGGCCACAAUGGACCAUAUGGUCCAACUAACAGAGGUUUUAACUACUACUUAGGUAUUCCUUACAGUAAUGACAUGGGCUGUACUGAUACACCUGGAUAUAAUUUGCCACAGUGCCUUCCCUGUGACUCAUCUGGACCUCAAGUCAUCAGAUUGACGAAGAGUGCACAUGGAGGCUGUUAUUCCAAGGUGGGCCUUCCUCUGGUUGAAAACAGCAGUAUUGUGGAGCAGCCACUUGACCUGUGGAAACUAACAGAACAAUACAAAUCCGCUGCAACCAGGAUUAUACGCAAAGCAAGGGAGCAAGGACAGCCCUACCUCCUCUACAUAGCACUGGCUCACAUGCAUGUUCCCCUAGCCCCUCCAGAUGUUCCUGCCACCGCCCGUCGCCCAGAUGACGGCAAAGUGUACACCGCCAGCCUGCGAGAGAUGGAUGACCUGGUGGGGGCGGUAAAGAGCGCUUCUGAUGACACAUACAAAGACAAUACUCUAAUCUGGUUCACCGGUGACAACGGUCCUUGGGAACAGAAGUGCCAGUACGCAGGAAGGGUAGGGCCUUUCAUGGGAAAGUGGCAGACCAGCAGAGGUGGAGGCUCAGCAAAGCGGACCACCUGGGAGGGAGGUCACAGGGUGCCAACAGUAGCUUAUUGGCCUGGGAGGAUCCCUGCAAACACAACCAGCUCUGCCCUGGUCAGUGGUAUGGACAUCUUCCCCACCCUUUUGUCCCUGGCAGGAGUAACUCCCCCCCCAGACAGACGUUAUGAUGGCAGUGAUGCCACAAAUGUCCUCCUCCAUGGUGAACAGACUGGUCAUGAGUUUCUCUUCCACCCUAACAGUGGUGCUGCAGGGAAGUUUGGUGACCUGCAGACAGUUCGAACAGGGAAACACAAAGCUUUCUACAUGACAGGUGCAGCUGAGGCAUGUGGCGGUGCAACAGGAAGGCAGCAGCUCCAUGAUCCGCCGCUGAUAUUUGAUCUGGAGCAUGACGAGGCUGAGGAAAAACCCCUGGAAGUCGAGGCACCUGAAUACCAGGCGGUAGCAGAGAGGAUUGCCCGCAUGAGGGAGGAGUUAUUAUGGGACAUUGCCACCGACAAGUCUGUGGCCACGGCAGACUACAGCACAGACGACUCAGCAGCGCCCUGCUGUGACCCCAGACAGGCUGUUUGCCGCUGCCACCCGCUGGGCUGAGGGUGGAAUAUCACACACUAACACUCAAACAACAGGCUGAAAGAGAAGCAAACAGAUGUGGAGACAAAUAUCUCUGGAUGUGCUCAGCUGUUUGUUUGUAGAAUGUGUUGUUUGGGAGGUUCAAUGUGCAGAUGGAGAUGUGCAAACAAGCAGGCAGCUGAACUUUGGCCAGCUGGUAUUAUGAGGUUUAUAGUUUGGGGAAAAUUUUAUCUAUCAGACAUGGUACAAUUUAGGAAUCAAUUUGUUGCAGUGUAACUCAACAUUUUGAAAGUUUGUUAAAUAACUAAAGUUUCAGGGAACAAACUGCUAAAAUAUGCAGAACUUAGCUUUAUUGUUUUGUUGUGUAUUUGAUGAGAUUUAAUAGAGGAUUUAAACAUGAGAGAUGUAAAUUAUGUUUUGUUUUUUUAAUCAAAACUCCAAGCAGAGGUUGAAUCACUUCUCAGCUUUAAUGAAUCUCUGGUGUAAAUGUCCAGUAUUGAACAGCUCAAUGCAGCAUAGGGGUGUCCUAACAGUGCCACCUUUUGGCAAAUCAAAUGGUAUUACCAUGUUACUUAUUACAACAGUACUAUAUAUAAAUGUUAUAUAUACAUUAUACACACAGUAAAAAUCCUCAAUAUAUAUUUACGCAUGGGAAGCCUAUGCGUUGAUGUGUAAUACUUCAAACAUUUUGCAAAAGAAUAUUUAAUACAUCAAAGUAAAAAUGACUAUGACUUACAUGUUAACAUACUGUCUUCAGCAUCAUGGAGUAAAUAAAAUGGUCUUCAGGAUAUCACUGAAA